AUGACCCGUACCAAACGAAAACACCUACUGCGUGCUCUUAAGCGUGACGGCCCCCUGCCCCUGGGUGGCCCUGAUCGAUUAACUAUGGGUAACUCCAUCAAUCGUCAGGGUCAUAAGGGGGCUUGUGCGGUCAUCCAACCAGCCCUUAAGACAGCGACUUGCAUCGAUGGACAAUCUGAGAGCCCCCUGUCUCUGGGUAGCACUGAUUUGCUUGCAAGGCGUAAAGCCAACAACCAUCAGGGUUAUAAGGAGGCUUGUGUGGUUUCUCUUCCGAUCAACAAAGAUGCAAGCUUGCCUGCUACCGGCCCCUUACCUACGAGCAGCCCGGACAUCCUCGAACAGCGUCAGGACAACAAACCUCAGCUCCAAAAAAAAAGACGUGCAGUGUCCUCCUCUACGGCACGAGCAAUGUCGCACAGAGUCCACAAACCUCGAAAUCCUCCACCGCAAUAUGCAUCUGCUACUGCAAAGAAGAUUGCGAGGGCAUACAGGAAGCUUAAACCCUCAGACGAUAGUUACUUCAUCAUCUGUUCUCCCUCCAAAGCUCGUGUUUCCCGAAAGCCCAUCAUAAAUCUACCCGUCCUCAAUAAACCGCCGCGUCAAAUUGUUUUGUCCUCUUCCUUAGCUCCUCACUUCAUUUUUGAAACCCACUCUUUCGAUGUUAACCCACCCACGCCAACCUUUACAAAACUUUGUGAAGUCAUUGAAACUCUUCAUGCUAUGGCUAAAUAUCGUCCCUGUAAUAAAAGAAACGCCAACCGACUCAAUGGUGAGAUGCACCUGAUUGGAUUUCGACCUGGAAAUGAUAGGGGUAAAUCUGCCGGAACUUAUGCCCGAAGAACAGAUCUCACACCUGCCCAAUCAGCUCACGAUGAUACUCUUUGGGCGAAACUUCAAUCAUUCAACAAAUUCCUUUCUCAACGGAUGGAAGCCAUUUCCCACAGUGCCUACCAACAAAACAAGGAGUUGAUGAAUAAACGUGGCAUCCCUAACUGGUCUCAGGAGGAAUGGGCGGAAAUGCGUAAGGAGGAUCAAAUCGAAUUCCAGUUUGCCUCGAACGUUUCUGUCACCUACAACGAUUUUUACAACAAGCCGCAUCAAGACAAGAAGGACAUCAACGGCUGGACGUAUGGUAUUUUUGCUUCUGUUGACCUUGAAACAGGCAAACCUAUCCCUCCCCCUUCUACAGAAUUGGGACAUGGCUUCUUAUUUCCUUGCCAUGCUUACCUGAUAGACUUUGUUAAGUCUAGUGGCAUCAUGGAGCUUGUUUGGCAAACUACCAAAUUUGAACACUGCACCACCAUGCCUCCUCCAUCCCUACGAAAGCAAAAGGGACGCACCUGGACACACCAGGGGUGUUCUUUUCAAAUUAACAAAGACAUUGCUAAAGUUGCUCAGGAAUUAAAAGAUGCUUCUCCACAAUUUGUAGAAAAAAAAACCUUAUGCAAGAAACAAAAAUACGGUGCUUAA